GUGGCCACUCUGUAGUUACGACUCGUCCACAACUUAAGCAGUUCCACUGUGGAGUCUAGACACAAGCCAUGGCAUAUAAAUAUUGGUAGGCAUUUCCUCUGCAUCAUUAUCAUCUUUCAUCCCUUCACUACUCAUCACAUCAUGCAGCUAUCCAACUCUAUUGAGAUUAGCAUGGCUGACGAGCCACAGACUGACUCGGAGCUCGUGCAGUUUUAUCCUGUGCCACCCGUAUUUCCUGGGUCCAAGUAUGACCCCCUGAUGUCAUACAAUGUCCUGCGUGACAUUCAGUCCACGACCAUCGCCUCCCAGUCGACGACCGUGUCUUCUCUUCCACAGAGCUUCACUGAUGCGUAUCCCGAACCACUUGCCUCUUCAGGUGCUGAUGAGAAUGCGCGCCCUGAUUCCUGGCAACUCGCCAAUGUAUCUUACACCCCCAAGUCUCUCGUGUGCGAUCCCAAGGCGUUUAAUUUCCUCACACAGGUCCCUGACUUCCAUCUCACUGAUACUGGCUUGGCGCAACUUCUGGAACAGGAAGCCAACGACAUCAAUCCUAUGCAGCCUUUUGCUGACAUGUCUCGAACUCGCCGUUCCCUGGAAGUUGCAUAUGCACCAUGGCCCGUGCCCGCUAACAUCGAUGUCCUGCUUGCACGCCAGAAUGCCCUUGGUGCCGAUUGGCUCCCGCAAGUUCGUCCAACAUCCGAUUAUACCCCAACUUCGAUUGGAUCGAACGAGCCAGCCCUGCGAGCCAAUGUCUCAGCUCCAUUCCUCUCCUACGUAUCGAUGCCAACUUUUGCUUGGGAAAAUAUCAUUCCACAAAUGAUCUACCGAAGGCUCUGUGACCUCCAGGACAUGGAAAUAGAUCAACUAAGGCCCUUUUUCGUCAUGCCGGAUACUCGAUCAUACGCUCGUUUCAUGAGCAACUUCUGUGACUACAAGGACGCUCUUACCUACCUAUAUUAUUCGAAAGUCCCUCGCAACCCGUGUUUCCCGAACGAUGCGAUAUGUCCGAGGAUCUAUCCCAUCGAGCUCUUGAAACAGCUUCCAAGACAUCUCGAGAUAUACAAGGACGCGUUCCCUGAGCCACUUCCUGUGGUCAUAAUUCGUCAAAGCGAAGUCUUUUCUAUCAAUGUAGAGGUACAAAAUUGGCACAUGCAUGGCGCAAUCUUGCAUGUUAUCCCUAUCGUAGAAAGUCCAUUGGACUACGAGAAUCCAGACAAUCCUGAAGACACUCUAUGGUCCAUGGCUCUUAAGCGCGGCAUUUCAGAUUCAUGGAGGCCAUACACCUCCAACAGACGUCACCCGAAUGUGGUCGCCACGUCUCCGGUUCAAUUCGGCAACAUGAUUUACUCAGCUGAAGAGCUCAACUACUUCAACUUCGCCAUCAACGUCUUCAUGGAGCUUCCGACGGUGCCAGGGGCCAUGUCAAAUGAACCUGUAGCAGCGUAUAAAGGUGCGUUUAUACUUCGUGCUAUGACUUUGCAUACGGAACAGGUACUCUGUUCCUGGAACGGGCUUUCCGAGGAAGAGCAAAUGAACAUAUACGCCCUCGUACCUCACAUGUUCCACGGUCUUCCUCCUUUCUUGAAGUGUCCAGACUUUCCCGCUGUCCAACUAUACUUCCAGAACUGGGAUAUGAACAUGCUUGGCGUCUUGGAUGAUAUCAAGUUUGGGCCGGUCGACGACAGUACUGGUGUUGCCGUUGCGUCGAAUGUGAACUAGGAACGUUUCGUUUGGAAGGUCCGAUUGGGAGCUUAGACGAACUACGGGUUGUUUACUAUGUUUCGGCGAACUGUUCUUGCAUGGAUUCCUGCCACUGGACUUCCUAUCCACGACAUCCCACGGCCUUCACGAAUCUCGCCUCUGCGUUGCUUAUGGUUAUGGUUGGACUAUCAUUAUUGCGCAUAUGUAUUUGCUGCUCUAAAUCCUGUUGACCGGGGCUUUGUACUAUGUUGUAAAUGAAUCAAGAAUGAAUUGUGAU